AUGGCUGGGACACUACAGUGCCUGCUCUGUCCAGUGAUGGCCAUUGGUCUCCUCCCUGGGGGGGGGGGGGCUUUAGCUCAGAAUCAUGCAGGCCAAUCCAUGGACAGCUCUGUUGUGGGAAGUGGCCUCCAGGAGCCAGAGGGCCCGGAACUCCUCUUGCAGCUGCUCUGGGCCAAGGUAGAAGUGAACAUCAGACAGCUGUACGUCCAGGAUGAGAAACCAGGAUCCACACAUCCAGGCCGUGGACUCAGGCUCCUGCAGCAGCACCUGCCCAGUAAUUCGGAGGGUGCUAAGCAAUGGCUACAGCAAUUCUAGGAUCUUCAGAGACGGCCUCUUAGCCCUUGGGAUAGUCAGCAUCUGCUUCUUAUAGGCCUGGUGUGUGUCUAUCAGCUCCAUGAGACCAGUGAGGCUGAGGAGAGGGGUUGUUGGGCCCAGGUCUUUGCCCUCCUGACACAGGAAACACUUUACCUGUGCAAGAGUUUCUGUCCUGGGGGGCGGGGUGGGGGUUCCUGGGCCUCCAUCCUUGACCCUUGA